AUGCCUCGCGAGGCUGAACGACCCAGGAAUCGGGAGCGAGAUCCAGAUAGAGAGCGAGAGAGGGAGCAGCGACGACGCGAAAGGGAAAGAGACCCUGAAAGGGAGCGAGAGAGGGAGCAGCGACGACGCGAAAGGGAAAGAGACCCUGAAAGGGAGCGACGACACCGCGAACGGGACCCGGAUAGGGAGCGGCGACGGCUCGAAAGGGAUCCGGAGAGGGUGCUUGAAAGGGAGGAAAGAAGGAGGGAAAGAGCGAGACGGAAAUCACGAAACCCUGAUAGAGACUCGAGAGACUCGAGGGACUCCCGAUCAAGGGAGGAGCCGCCUUCCUCACAAUCAAGCUCGCAACCUUUAUCCGCCGAUUCGUUAGCGAAACUCAACCAGCUCAAUAAGAAAGAAAGGUCGGGAAAACCAGAGAAAAAGGCGGAAAGGCCAAGGAAAAAGCGCCACAGGGAGGCAUUUAAUGAGAAAUAUGAGGCGAUCGGUGUCGACAAACCAAGGCGGGAUAAGAAGAAGAAGAGGCGAGUAGUGAGCGGCGCUUUACUAGAAGAAGGCGAUGGAAAGAGGUUAUCAUAUAUAAGAGGAGGAGGUUACGACAAACAGGCGGAAGCAGACGCAAAGAAGAGGAAAAAGCGGGUAUGGAUCAUUGUCGGAGUUAUCGUUUUGUUACUUGCCAUUAUUAUACCCGUUGCCGUUGUUCUUUCCAACAAGAACAAGGGCAGCACCACAGCCGCAGCAAAUACAACGGCGGCAAAUCCGCCUGCGACAGGACCAGCGAAUACGAAUUUGAACGGCGUUGAUCCUGCCAGCGUGCCAGCAGCUGUAAAGGGGACGCGAUUGGAUCCCUUCUCCUGGUAUGACACAACGGAUUUUAACGUCACAUACACUGGCGAAAAGGUCGGUGGGCUACCAGUAAUAGGGUUGUUCUCAAAAUGGGAUGACUCUGCGAAGGCAAACGACAAAGUGCCAGCAUUAAACCAGCCAUGGGGAACCUAUGCCAGCAGGCCCGCCAGAGGUGUCAAUGUAGGGGGCUGGCUAUCGAUAGAGCCGUUUAUCACGCCCUCGCUGUUCAGUGCUUAUGACACGAGGCUUGGGAUUAUUGAUGAAUGGACGCUAUGUGAGCACCUAGGCCCGACUCCCGCAAAGGACAUUUUGGAGAAGCAUUAUUCCACAUUCGUGACGGAGCAGACGUUCGCAGACAUCAAAGAUGCAGGCUUAGACCACGUCCGGAUCCCAUUCUCAUACUGGGCGCUGCAAAACUACUACGGCGAGCCUUAUGUGGAGGGCGUAGCAUGGCGAUACCUCCUCAGAGGGAUUGAGUGGGCUCGCAAGUACGGUCUCCGGAUCAACUUAGAUGUCCACGGCUUGCCAGGUAGCCAAAAUGGCUGGAACCACAGCGGGCGCCAAGGAGAUAUCGGCUGGCUCAACGGGGCCAACGGCAACAUCAACGCCGAAAGAUCCCUCGAGAUCCACCGCUCCCUCUCCAAAUUCUUCUCGCAGCCGCGCUACAAAAAUAUCAUCGCCUUCUACGGCCUCGUCAACGAGCCCAAAAUGACGGCCCUAAAACCAACCGACGUCUACGCCUGGACCGAGAAAGCAUACGCCAUCGUCCGCCAAAACGGCAUCACUUGCCCCAUCGUCUUCGGCGACGGCUUCCUGGGUCUCGAGAACUGGAAGGGGCAGCUGCAGGGCCAUGAGGGGCUGGUGCUCGAUGUCCACCAGUACGUGAUUUUCAACGUGGGACAGAUCGUCUAUACUAAAGAGGCGAAAGUCAAGUACGCCUGCACGGGCUGGACGGGGCAGGCGGAGCAGAGCAUGGACGUUAGCACGGGGUUUGGACCUACGCUCUUCGCUGAGUGGUCGCAAGCUGACACCGAUUGCGCCACGUACCUGAACAACGUCGGCUGGGGAAAUCGCUGGGAAGGGACGUACGACACAGGGAACCCCCUAACGCGUGUUCUCUCAGCAACAUGCCCCACCAACAACAGUGGGCCAACAUGCUCCUGCACAACCGCGAACGCGGAUCCGAACCAGUAUUCCGACGGGUACAAGCAGUUCCUGCAGAUGUUUGCGGAGGCGCAGAUGGAUAGUUUUGAGCACGGGUGGGGCUGGUUCUACUGGACGUGGCAGACGGAGACGGCGACGCAGUGGAGUUAUAAGAGGGGUCUUGCGGCGGGGAUAUUGCCAGCGAAGGCGUAUGCACCGGAGUUUAAUUGUCAGAAGACGAUUCCGGAUUUUACGGGCGUGCCGGAGAAUUAUUGA